GGUCGAUAAGAGCAAUUUACCUGUCAGAUUUGCUAAAAAAAAGUUCACAAAAACACGCAAACUUCCCGUGAGUUUUGUAGGAAAUUUGUGCUGAUUUUACGAAUAAUAAAGUGCCGGUUUUGACGGAGAAGAAGAUGUCGUGCCAAGAAUCCAAUAAAUCCGCAGCAAAGCCUCCGCAUAACCCAACGCUUCAGCUGCCUGACGGUGGCUUCCGGACCAAGAGGACCAGAACAGCUUCGACGUCGGCUCGGGCUCUGGAGAAUCCCGUGGAAAAGGGCACCAUCAAGUCCUUCUGCCGGGGCAAAGGUCAUGGCUUCAUAACGCCUCAAAAGGAGGGCGAGGAUAUUUUCGUCCACAUUUCCGACAUCGAGGGCGAAUAUGUUCCUCUGCCAGGGGACGAAGUCAGCUACCGACUGUGCUUCAUUCCGCCAAAAUACGAGAAAACUCAGGCCAUUCAUGUCAACAUCACCAAUUUAACUCCCGAAGUUCACACGAAAUGGGAGGAACCUCCCUACCAUUGAGUUAGUAUUUUUUCUUUCAGAAAAAUCCUUCAUUUUUGCCAGGAAAAAGAAAGUUCAAUUAUAGUGAAACUAUUGCAGUGUUCUAUCUCUCUCAAAAUAAUUCCAUUCUUUCACUUUUGUAGAUAAAAAAUAGGUCGUAGAUAAAAAAAACUAUUAAUCACACUCUUAUGAGCCAUAGAAAUCAUUGCAGUGCACAGCAAAUGUUUAAGAGUGUUGUAUAUUUUUCUGCCAAUCUUUCCACAAAAUAAAACCCAACGUACUUAAAAUUUACAAAAAAAAAAAAAAUAGAAAAGAGGAAAAGCUCAGCUUUUGCGCGCUUACCAGGUUAUUGAGGCACAAAAUAUUUACAUUAAAUAGAAAUUGUAGAGAGAAAAUGUCCUGAAUAUUUUGCUGUGUAGUGUAAUAAUUCCAAAAUAAACAAUAAAACAAAUAUUGAAUUUAAUAGGUGUUAAAACUUUUCUUAUACAAUUUUAUUUGUGCAGGAAUUUAUAGCAACAAAAAGUAUUUUUGAGAUGAUAAAUCAGUUAGGGGAUUAUCUAGAUUAAUUGAAUAUUUAUUCCUAUAAAAUAUUUCAGGUGAAUCCUGUUCUCUGAUUGGCUAGAAUUUUGACAGCUCCCAAAGCUGUCAAAGCUCCAGCCAAUUAGAGAACGCGAUGGAACUAGAAUAUUUUAUAGGAUUAAAUAUUCAAUGCAGAUAAUCUUUCAAUGAAAAAGUUAUAUAUUUUUUUUAGUAAUGAAUUAGGAUAAAAGCCAGAUUUAGAUCCAGAAUUUAUAUAGAACAAGAUAUAAAAGCCAUAAUUUUUUGGAAGAAAAUUAUUAGAAUUAAAAUCAGAUUAAAUGCUGAAAGUGAAGCAGGUGUAGAAUUAUUCCAUUAUACAAUUUUUGUGCACAGGAAUUUUUAGCAAAAAAUAAAUAAAAGUCAGGAGAUUUUUGAGGAGAAUACCAUUCAAUGCAAAAAAAAAACUGUUACAAUUUUGUAGUGAAGAAGAAAUAGAAUAAAAAUGAUUGAAUUUACAGUGGAAAA